CUAGAAGUACACGCUGCUUUCUUCAAGUUAACCCUGAGAAUACAUUGUGAGGUAUUCUAUAGGAAUAUCCAAGAGUUCGCGGUAAAAUGAUUUAAGACUCGAACAGACAUUUGUAUUUGCCAACAGUAGUCACACUGCCUUCUUCAGUUGAAUCCUGAUUGUAAAUUGAGAGGUAUUUUAUAGGCAUAUCCAACAGGGGUAAAAUCUGCGAUUGAAGAUGAAAUUUGAUGAUAUACUCGUUAUUCUCGGGGAGUUCGGCCCCUAUCAGAGAAGAAUGUACGCAUUGGUGUGUCUUAUGGUGAUUCCAUUAUCUUGGACCACCCUGAUUCAAGUUUUUGCCAUGGGAAACUCGGACCACUGGUGCCAGGUGCCAGGGUGGAAUGACACAGUGUGCGAGGAGGAGUAUGGGGCGCCAUGUAAUCUCAUCACCAAGAAGACGUUUAACAUUCCAUUUGUGGAAGCGAAUGGAAGUAAACUAGAGUUUCAAAAAUGCGCACGGUACAACAUAUCUGACUUCUCGGGGCUCUCUGUUGUUAUUAAUGAUAGCGCCACAUCCGGGUACGACUCCUUGAUCCGGGACCUAGGUGCUGAUGGUACCCCGGAUGUAAUCCCAUGUGAUGCUGGUUGGGAGUAUGACAGGAGCCAGUACACACGGACUUUCGUCCAAGAGAUGGAUUUGGUGUGUGCUGACGCGAAGUACAUCCAGUUUCCUCAGUCGUUCUACUAUGGAGGUUACUUGGUAGGAAGUGCGGUGUUUGGUAUCCUAGGAGACAGGUUUGGACGGCAUCGAAUGCUCAUCUUCACCAUAGUCUUACGUAUCAUUUCUGGGUAUGCCCUAGUGUUGAUUCAUAAUUACUGGCUAUUUGCCGUGGUGAGAUUCUUUCAAGGCGUCUUCCUAGUGGGAUCCUACAUCCUUACAUUUGUGCUAGGUACCGAGUUUGUGGGCAUCUCUAAGCGAAAUGUUUCCGGCAUCUUUAUCAAUAUUCCGUUCGCAGUGGGAUAUAUGCUACUAGCUGGAAUAGCCUACUGGAUUCGAGACUGGAGGAUGCUUCAAGUUGCUCUGGUCACACCUUUAUUCAUCCUUUUAAUUUUCUUGAUUAUCCUCCCAGAGUCACCCCGGUGGUUGAUAAGCCAAGGUGAAACAGAGAAGGCGAAGAAGAUCAUCAAACAUGCUGCAAAGGUUAAUAAGGUCCAGCUUCCCGAAGAUUUCCUUGACGAGCAUGAUGACGUCAACAAAAACUUGCAGGAUGAUACACACAAGGAUGAUACACAGAAGGAUGAUACACAGGAGAAAGAACGGCGGCCAAACGUCACUGAUAUAUUCCGUUAUAGGAAUAUGCGCAGGCGCAUACUCAUCCUCAUGUAUAUAUGGUCGGUUUGUGCAGUGGUCUACCAUGGGUUUAACCUCAGUACUUCGAGCCUAGGUAUCAAUGUAUACCUAUCGUUCUUUGUGUCUGCUGCCAUCGAGAUCCCCGCCUAUACCUUAGAUAUCUUCAUCGUUCAGCACCCUUGGUUGGGGAGGAGGAGAAGCAUGGUCUUGACGCUGUUACUUGGCGGAGUAGCAUGUCUACUCACCAUCUUCAUAGCUCCUGGUCCAUUUAGAGCUGGAGUCGCCUUCAUUGGGAAAUUUGGAAUCUCAGCUGCAUUUGGUCUCAUAUACCUCUACACAAUAGAACUAUUCCCGACGUCAUUGAGGACCGCCGGGUUGGGGAUCUGCUCUAUGACAGGACGCAUCGCUAACAUCCUAGCCCCCUUGAUACUCCUAACCACAGAAUACUGGAUCCACACUCCACUUGUUAUAUUUGGCAGCUGUACAAUCCUAGCCGGUAUCUUGUGUCUCUUCUUACCAGAGACCAGGGGCAAGAAACUACCAGAGACCAUUGAAGAUGGCGAGAACUUUGGAAAGUUACUAGCAAAAACUGUCCUACCCGAUGAACGGAUUUGACGAUAAUUCGGAUACAGAUGUCGGCGAAUGGCUCGAAGGGUGACAAACUUGGAGUUUAAUUCGCAUGGUCGCUUUGCAGUCUGACGGCCUUUUAGUUUACCCGACAAAAUUAAUAUACAGUUAGCCGACUGAGCUCUUAUAUAUUUUAUGUGAUAAUUGAAACCCCCUAUCGUUCAAUGACAUUUCAUUUAUGUGAACUGAGGUGGUAUGCGUCGCUAAAAAAAGGGGGUGGGGGUAUAGUGUUGAGCAGGAAGUGUGAAGAAUUGUACGAAGAGGUGUAAUAAGGGUGUGGUACCCCUGCCCCCACUCAGGCCAUUAAAAUGUUCUCUCAGGAAAAAUCUGGCGGUUGCUUUAGAGCUUUGCCGUAAAUCUCAAAACAAAUUCGCGCUUUUAAGCUUGUCGGAGAUGUUUUGUGACGUCAGUCGGCAUUACCCCCCCCCCCCCCCCCCCC